CUGUGCAAAAGGCUUCCGCGUUUAUUUUACCGUGACGUCAUCACACCGCGACAGCUUAGUUUGGUAGCGCAGCAGCGUCUCUCGUGCGUUUACUAACCUGCGUCUCUCGGCAGUGUGUGAUGGAGUGUGCGUGGAGACGAAGGACGCCGGCGUUCGUGAGAUCGUUACUGAUGGACGUCUCGCUGAAGGAGGACGAUCUGAGCGGUGAGACAGAACCUGAGCAGAUAAGGAAAGACGGGAUUUCACUUCCAGUGACUUCAGCAUGCGGCGCUGACCUGACUCCGGCUGCUGAGGAAGAGAACACAUCAUCGUCCUCAUUACGACCUUGCGGGCUGUGUCUCAGUAACCCGGCGCGUUACACUUGUCCCCGCUGUAACAUCCCCUACUGUGCGCUGUCCUGUUACCGUGGCUCGGCUCACACGGCGUGUUCAGAGCAGUUUUAUAAAGACUGCGUGUCUCAGGAGCUGAGGCAGCGAGGCAGGACGGAGCACGAGGACAGGAUCCACAUGAGGGACAUCCUUCUGAGGAUGCGGCAGGCGGAGGGGGGGCCAGGCGGAGUCACGAGGGAGCUGAUGGAGAACAGCGGAGGACAAGUGACCGAGAGGGACACAGACACGCUAACGUUGCUGUCCAGGCUAGCCGAGAUUCAAACACACAGAGAGGAGGGACAUGAGGACGAGGUGCAGGACAUCCUGCAGCGACUCGGCGAGACAGGUGGUGAGGAAGAGGAAGAGGAAGAUGUAGUGACGAGGAUGUCGGGACUAAAUAUCGAGUCUCUGACUGAAGAAGAGCUGUGGGCGCUCCUGCCAGAGAAGGACAAGCAGAAGUUUGAGCAGCUGCUAAAGGACGGCGGCAUCAGCGCUCUCGUUCCAAUAUGGCAGCCGUGGUGGGAGGAGCACGAGCGAGACCAUACAGUGCUGAUCGAGGAACUCCAGCGUGCUGAAGAAACAAACAGCUUGGAGGAAGUAGAGGACAGAGACGUACAGGACUUGGACACGGCAUCAGAACUUCCAUCACCACAGAAACAGGAAGUUAAGAAGCAGAAAGUAAAAAUGGAGGGAAGCAGAAAUGCGCCUCCUCCAAUCAGCUGUGAAAUCCCGCCCCUGUCCUCCCUUUGCUCCGCCUCUCCAUCUCCACUGCUGAAGUUCAGCCUGGUGAACGUGCUGUAUGGUUAUGUCUUCACGCUCCGCCUCUUUAACGGAGAUGUGACGGAGACACAGCAGCUGCUGGAGUUCACGCAGCUCCUUCUGUCCGUGUCGGAGUGUUUGGGACGCGGCCGGACAUUCAGCUCGUUCUCCGAGGCUCUGAGCGCCGCAAUGGCGUCUAUCUCUGCAGAACGCUACGACUCGGACUCGGCGCUGAGCGCAGUGGAAGGCGUGGCUCACAUCCUGAGCGGAGCGAGCAGGGACGAGGGGGCGGGGUACACACUCUCAGCACUCGCUCAGCUGCGCUCAGUGUUCAGCAGGGCGCGCAGCGCAGCUCCCCGAGACCACGCCCACUUCAGGAGGAUGUGUUUCCUGGCUGGGAAGAAGUGCGAGUUCCUGCAGGCGUGGACCAACGAGAACACCCACACACUGAGGGCUUUAGCCAGACGAGUGUGGUCAGAGUGUGAGAGACAGAAAGGUGAGAGACAGGCGAUGGAGAGAGACAGGAAGCAGGUGGAGGAGAGCUGGAAGAAGGGAAGAGCGCGAGGAAAAGUGAUGAUCGAAGAGAUUUAAUUUAUUUAAAAUCAGUUACGAUCAUUUUCUCAUAAAAUGAUAAAACCAUGCAAUAUAUUUUCUUGUAACAAUUAUAUAAAAUGACGAUUAUUUUCCUACACACACACAGCUGUGUUCUUUGUUUGCAACAGCAAUAAACACAAACAUCCUGCUUUCA